UGAGCUGCAUUUGGGAUUGGGCCAAAAUGGCGGCUGCCACUUCAGACGGAGUUUCAGCUCCUUUACCUGGAAGAUGCGGUUUUUACGUGGUGAAAAAGAAACGUUAUUGCAAAAUGGUAGUUGGAAAAGGGAAAACGUUUUGCGGUGAACACGGAAAUGCGGAUUCAGAGAGCGAGAGAAAACGGAUCCCCUGCCCUCUGGACCCAAAGCACACUGUGUUUGAGGACAGUUUGGCAAAACACCUAAAAAAGUGUAAUUCGAAGGAAAAGCCCAAACCUGUCUAUUAUGUGAAAGACAUCAAUGCUGGGUCUGUAACCGAAGAGGAAAUUGCCAUAGAUGAGGUGUCCAUUGCUGAGCGAUCUAAAGAGGAGCUUUAUCAUCUUAUACAGAAAUUGAAGACUGCAGUGAAAGGAUUAAACACGGAGCCUGACACUAGCCUUCUCUCUCAUCCGGCUUUAAACGAAGCUCUUAAUGAUCCCAAGAAUGGGAACUUUGCUUUUAAACACCUUAAGCAGCAGGCCUCGAUCUUGGGGAAUAUGGAGGCCCUGGAGCUGCUUGGGCCAGAGAGGUGUUAUGUGGAGUUUGGUGCUGGAAAAGGUAAACUUUCCCACUGGAUUCAUGUUGCCCUUCAGGAAGCAGAAAAUGUCCACUUCCUGUUAGUGGAGAGAUCCAGUACUCGCUUUAAGGUAGAUGGCAAACACAAAAGCACAGACUCAACCUUCGACAGGCUGCAGGUUGACAUUCAGCACCUUGACUUAAGCAGAGUUCCGUUUUUACAAGAAAAGCAACUUCCUGUAAUUGCAGUGGGCAAACACCUAUGUGGCGCAGCAACAGAUUUGGCUCUGCGGUGUUUAUUUGAGCGCAGUACAAAAGACAAAGACAUUGAACCUCCCACUAAACGUAUAAAACUUCAGGAAGGAGGUGAGGACGUGAUGCAGGGUUCUGAAGGCAGUGAGGAGGUUGUAGUAUCGGGGCUCACUAUUGCACUCUGCUGCCAUCAUCGCUGUGAAUGGAGGCAUUAUGUUGGAAAGGACUUUUUCAGAGAACGAGGUCUUGGAGCCACAGAGUUUUCUGCUUUCCAGCGCAUGUCCAGCUGGGCUACAUGUGGCAUGAGCAGAGUCAAAUCCUCCUUAAAUCCUGAGAAAUCCUCACAAGAGAUCAAGGAUGAAGAAGAAGAAGGAGAAGAGGUUGAACAUGAAGGGAGUUCUGAAAGCUUUCCUGAUCAUCUCAACAAUGCCAUUUCAGCAGAGGAGCGUGAACGUAUCGGACGCCUGUGCAAGAUGCUGAUCGACCACGGCAGGCUGCAUUACCUCCAGCAGCGAGGCUUCAAACCCAGCCUCAGGUUUUACACCAGUUUGGACGUGUCUUUAGAGAAUGUGCUUCUGACUGCACUUCCCAGCUAAACACACAAACUGCUCAGACAGAGACACACAACAAAAUAUAGUAAAGGGCUCUCUUUUAGUUUUCUCUUUUUGGUUCCUUGAUCUUUUGGACACAGUGGCAGCAACAGAUAGCAAAACAGUCCUCAGUCCUUAACUAAAGAAACGUGACAUAUCUUUACAUGACGUGCAGGACAGAUUGGACAGGACAGGACAGAUUUGUCAGGACAGGAGGCAACAGGACCAGAAGAAGCCAGCAUGCAGGACUGCAUCAUGCCACUUCCUCUAUCAAACCCUCCAGCUUCACAUUUAGCACUGAUGUAUAAGUCUGGGAUCCUGAAACAUAAAAUGCAGGAUUUUCUUUGACUUAUUUUAUUAAAAAAAAAAAAACCCACUAUACUAGCAUUUGUGAGCACAGUGUAUAUUGAGUAUGGUGUAACCUCUUCUGCGGGCUUCAUGGAUGUAAUGGUGCAUGAAUUCUUUGCCGAACAUCUCUCGGUCAUUCUCCUCCUCUGCUACCUCCUCUUUUACGUCAGGUAGAGUCACGUCAUACGUCAGAGGGUUGUCUCUGAAAUUUACAAACCUGCCAGAAACAAUAUAUUAUUUUCCAGAUUCCAAAUCAAGUCAAGAAAUCAAUCAGUAAAACAAGACAAUCUCUCAAGAAAAAAAAAGCAAGUGAAAGUAACUACGAAAUAAAGCAGAAAUAAAUGUUCGGCUUUUAAAAAAA